GAUGAUAACAUACAUUUAGUAUUGGAAUUUCUCUUAUGGAUUUAGAUGUAUUAUAUUAUCAUUUAGAUUUAUAAAACUGCUGAUGUACAGUCAUUUUGUCACUUACUAAAUUUCUAAGGAAUUUAUACACAAAAUAGUUUAAAUAUUUUUGUAAUGUGAACUUUUAAUUAAUAGUUGUGAAAUCAAAUUUGAUAGAUGAAUUCGAAUCGAAUAAGCCUAACGAAGGUACAGGAACAAUUUAAAUAAAAUAACAUAACCUGAAAACAAUUUAAUAAUAAAAUAUUUUUCUUUAUUUAGGUUAGAUUGAUAAUUAUAUCUAAGUAUGGC